UGCAACAACAUGUUCGCCAAAGGGGUAAAGAUCUUCAAGGAGGUGCAGUGCUACUUCCGCGCUGACACCAGCGAGUGGGAGCCCAGCGCCAUCUCCUCCGUGCUGGUGCUGGCCGACGUGAACCCCAGCGCUCGCUUUGUCACCGUGCCCCUGCUGCACCGCAUGGCCAGCGCCAUCAAGUGCCAGUACUACUUUGCCGACGCCUGGAUGAUGUUCAGCGAGAUCACCUUCCAGUCGGACGCAGCCAUGUACAACAACUCAGUGCCCCCCGCCGAGGCGCCAGUGGUGCCCACCACUUAUGACCCCAUGCUCAAGGUAGACGACAGCAACACACGCAUCCUGAUCGGGUGCCUCUUCAUCCGGGUGGCCAUCAUCGUCAUCAUUCUGUGGCGGCAGUUCUGGCAGAAGAUGCUGGAGAAGGCGUCGCGGAGGAUGCUGGAUGAUGAGAUGACCGUCAGCCUCUCCCUGCCCAGCGAAUCCAGUAUGUUCAACCACAACCGCUCCUCCUCCUCCAGUGAGCAGGAGUCCAGCUCCACCUACGACCGUAUAUUCCCCCUGGGACCCGACUACCAGGAGCCCUCCCGCCUGAUCCGCAAGCUGCCCGAGUUCACCCCGGGCGAGGAGGACACAGGCUGCAGUGGCCCUGUGAAGCCAUCCCAGGCCAGCAUCCCCGAGGGUGUCCCCCACUACGCCGAGGCAGACAUCGUGAACCUGCAGGGCGUGACAGGUGGCAACACCUACUCGGUGCCGGCCCUCACCAUGGACCUGCUCUCGGGCAAGGAUGUGGCUGUCGAGGAGUUCCCCAGGAAGCUGCUGACCUUCAAGGAGAAGCUGGGGGAAGGCCAGUUUGGGGAGGUUCACCUCUGUGAGGUGGAGGGGAUGGAGAAGUUCACGGGCAAGGACUUUGCCCUGGAGGGCUUGGAUGCCAGCUCCAACCACCCCGUGCUGGUGGCUGUGAAGAUGCUGCGAGCGGAUGCCAACAAGAACGCCAGGAAUGAUUUUCUGAAGGAAAUCAAGAUCAUGUCGCGGCUGAAGGACCCCAACAUCAUCCGGCUGCUGGCGGUGUGCAUCAUGGACGACCCGCUGUGCAUGAUCACCGAGUACAUGGAGAAUGGGGACCUUAACCAGUUCCUGUCC